AUGAAAUCUAAUAAAUUUAGUUAGGGUUCUCUUAAAGUAAAAAAAUAGAGAUGUAAUAUAUUAAUAUUAUCAUUCUAGCUCGAAGUUUAAAUGCAUCACAAUAUUUUGAUUUCGCAGAAGUACCAAAACAUAGAGUUUCUCAAGCAUCCAUUGUAAAAACAGAAGGCAAGGAAAUUUAAAGAAGAUUACUCUUUUACCAUAAAACAGUGCUUAUUGAUUAAGUGAUUAGAAACUCAAAUAAGUAGUAAAAAAAUAAAAACUUCAAGGAAAAAAUGUUUGAGAUUGAUGAUUCUCGAUAAAGAAGAUUGAGCUGUUCCUGUAAUGAAUGUGGUAAAAGAUCAACAAAGAUAAAAAAAUUCCAUAAUGUAUAUUAAAAAUAAGAACAAUCUUCCAAAGAAUUAUGGUCAAGCUUAAUUUUAUAAUAGCAAUAGUAAUCAUAAUUAACUAUUUCAACAAAAUCAUUAAAAUCCACAACUACAUUACUCUCAAUUCCUGAUAUUAGUCCUAAAAAGUAAUAAUAGAAAAUUGAGAGUCCAUUAUCAAAGAAAUAUAAACAAAACUAAAAAUUAGUGUCUCCUCCUCUAAUAAAUUUAAAACCAUAUCUUUAUGAAUCACCUCAAAAAAAAAUCACUAAUCUCUAAACUGAAUAAACAUAAUUAAUUCUAAAGCCAAUUUCUUUAAGAUCAUCAGCUCCAAACCUAGAAACUUUUGAUUAUUCUUCCAAAAACAGUAGUCCAAGAAGAGGCAAAUCUAAUUAAAAUUAUAAAUUAGAGUAAUAAGUAUAGACUGCUAGAAAUUUAACAAAAAGAAUGCUUUAAAUUUGCUAUUUGAAACCAUUCUCAGGUAUCUCAAGUCGAAAUACAUGUAUGAAUACAUAAAAAAAGGAACAAAAAUAUUGA